CUUCGUAUGGUGUACCAUUUCUGCUUCACGAGUACUCAUUAUCUCUUCUUACAAUGUCUUCUCUGAACCGGCACAAUCACUACGGAUGAAGCCCAGUCAUGAUUCUCUGCAAUAAAGACUGUUUUUACCUCAAAUCCUUCUUCCUCUGCCACAACUGUUUGUUUUUUGUCUUCUCUCUAUCUGUUUCUUUUUUUGUUACAGAGUUACUGCAAACAGCCAAACUGAUAAAGAGAUCGCCUUCACUCAAACACCCAGUUGUUAUUCAUUAGGAAGUUAAAACAAAACCUUCCUCCCCUAAAAAAAAAAACAAAUUUUACUGUGUUUGUCUCUUCUUUCUCUUUUGCUUUUUCUUUCCUUGCCUUCUUUUUACCCUUCCUCUGGCCUCUUCUGCCUUUGUAUUGAAACCUCCGAAGCUUCAACCUCGGAGGGUUUUGAUGCUCACCUGUUGGUGCUGUGUCUUAAACUGCGCGGCUCCUUUAUAUGAAGAUUCUGGUUCUGGGUUUUGGAAAUGGCAACCGUAGAUAAGCUACAUGUUGAUGGUGCAGGAGAAUGGAGUCAUCGUAGUUCCGUCGAUGGUAGUGAAGAAGGGAGUGAAGGCAGCUUAUGCUUCUCCGAUGCUGAUGACCAGUCUUGGCAUUCUCCGUUUGAUUCCACUGCUGGUGGGUCUUACGAUGAGCAUAGGUUAUCUUGCGUCUCCGAUCCCGAGAUAGGAGAUGUUUCAGAUCAGCGCAGGAACUCCUGUGUGUCGGAUUGUUCGGUAGAGAUACAUUUGGAGUCUGGAGUUCCGGAGAUUAAGGUGCAUUUGGCUACUAAAGUGGAGAAGGAUUGCAGGAUUUGUCAUCUGAGCUUGGACUAUGUUAAUCAUGAAUCUGGGAUUCCUAUCGAAUUGGGUUGUUCGUGCAAGGAAGAUUUGGCUGCGGCGCACAAGCAAUGCGCAGAGGCCUGGUUCAAGAUAAAAGGCAACAAGACCUGUGAAAUUUGUGGUGCAACUGCACGGAAUGUUGUUGGUGUAAAUGAGACCCAGUUUAUGGAGCAAUGGAAUGAGACAAACACACCAACAGCCACAACAGGAGCCGCUGCAGCUGCUCCAUAUGCAGAGAACCGAAGCUUCUGUCAUGGUCAUCGCUUCCUGAAUUUCCUGCUUGCUUGCAUGGUCUUUGCCUUUGUCAUCUCUUGGCUCUUUCACUUCAACGUGCCAUCGUAAAAUACUGUAACAAAUGAGGAUAACUCACCCCCUAUUUCAAUCAAAAUAGCCCUUCUGCAUCCAUGGGCAGGGGUUAUAUCAUAUCAUAUAUAAUUAUAUGUUUGUACUUUAUCGUCAAUUCAGAGCUGCUUUAACUUCAACCCUUUUGAGUUCUUUAUUAAAAAUGGGUGGGUAUGGUUUUGUUUGUUGAAAAUAUAGCUCAAAGAAGAGAAUCAGGAUACCUUGCAAAGCCUGAAGCUCCUUUUUUUUUU